GGCUCUGUAUGAUAGAGGAAUUUCAAUCCAAUGUCUGACUACUUUAAGAUGUGGAUAGCCCCACUCCCACAGAUGGUAACAUUUGUAAGUCUGACAACCUUGGUGACAUUUCCAUGAGGCCUGAUUGGGGGUUGCCUUUAGUACCCACACACAGUGCCACAGAUAGUCCCACAAUAACUAAAGGGAGCACGGAAAGGGAAAGGGGGAAAGAAUAUGCUUUGCUCGUCUCCACAAACAUCCUUUCUUGAAAAUAAGUUCAGAUCACUUUUUACUUUUUAGGAAAUAAAUGAUAAAUAAUUCCUCUCGAGUCUCGACUAUAGAUGUUAACCAUAGCUCAUCAUUAUCCCUUGUCGUCAUUCUUUUGAAUCUGUCAGUGGCUCUUUAUCUGGUGUUCAUCUUCCCUGCUUUUACUUUUUUCUUUAUUUAUUGUUUCUGCUCUUCCACAAUCUUUUGUGGACUUGGAAUUUGAUCGCAUGGAGAUUUUUCAAGAACCGACUUUUACAGCUCUUAUGGUGAUUGUUUUGUCCUUUGCUGUUGCUAAGAUUGUUUCUUUUGCUGUUUGUUGCUCGGGUAAUACUGUUGUUUGCUGUGUUGAUGAAGUUGACGAUUGUUUGAGUGGUAAAGGGUUUGGGAAGAGUAAGAAGAAGAAGAGAGUGAAGUUUGUGGAUGAUGUUGUGGUGGGGAAGGUUGAUUGUUUCCAAGGGUUUGAAAGCAGGGUAUUCUUGGGUGGUGAUGGUGAUGGUGUUGGUGUUGAAUCAGUGAUUAAGGAAUUUGAAGAAAGGGUUGAUGAAUCGGGUGUGAAUGAGGUUUCAGGAGGAAAGUUGGAUAGAGUUGCAAUGCUGGUUGACGAGCACAGUGAUGGUGGGAGCAAUAUGGAUGAGGGUUUUAUCCCCAAGGAGGAGAAUUUCAUGGCCGGUGAUGGUGAUGGUGAUCGAGAGAGUGUGAGUUUUGAGGAGAAGAAUGAAGUAGGAAUUGAGAAAGGAAGAGGUUUAAUGGCUAUGGUAGAGAAUGAAGGACAGGUGGAUGAUGAGGAGGUCGAAAGCCGGGGGGAUCUGGAGAGUGUGAUCCUUGAGGAAAAGAAUGAAGUGAGAAUUGAGGAAGGAAGGGGUUUAACUGCUAUUGUUGAGAUUGAGGGACAGGUAGACCAUAAGGAGGUUGAAAACAGGGGGGUUAUGGUCGAUGGUGGUGGUGGUAUUGAUGACAACAACAACAACGAUGAUGAUGAUGGUGGUUGGGAGGGAAUAGAGAGGAGUGAAUUGGAGAAAGCAUUUGCAGAGGCUGUCAACUAUGUUGAGUAUGGUGUGAAGGGGACUGAUCAUUUGACGAAAUCAGGUAGUGAUGUGCAGAUGCAAUUAUAUGGACUUCAUAAGAUUGCCGUGGAAGGGCCUUGCCACGAUCCUCCGCCCAUGGCUCUCAAAGUCUCGGCUCGCGCCAGAUGGAAUGCUUGGCAGAGGCUCGGGAGCAUGGGCCGCGAGGCAGCCAUGGAGCAGUAUAUUAGUGUCCUCUCGGACACCAUCCCGGGCUGGAUGCAUUCUUACUCUGCUAAUGCCGAUGAUCAUGGUUCGCUUAAUUUGGAUACAAACUAUGAAAGGUAUAGCAGUGCUCCGGCGCCGGUGGAUUCUCCGAGCAUCAGUUAUCAUGGAUGAUCAAGAAUGCUGAAAGGAACUAUGGUUUGGGAAGAUGACCUUCUUUGCAAUAAAUUGCUGCUAAUUGGUUUUAAUAUAUGGUGUGUGUUUUAUAUUUAUAUAUAUAUAUAUAUAUAUAGUGGUGUAUAAUUUAUAAAUGAACAUUGGUAUGAAUCAGUGGUGUCUGCAUAAUUCCAUAUUGAAUGUGAAUAUAUUGUUAAUGGGCCUGAAUUGAUAAGCCCAAUUAUUUAUUGGGCCCACAGCAUUUUGGUCCAAAAUUUGUGGCUCAGCUCUUUUUAUUUUGAUUUAAUAUUAUAUUAAAUAUUAAAUUCUUAACGGCUA